AUGAACGGGUGGCAGAGGACGCUGAUGAAUCAGCAGGUUGGCAGCGCUGGCCUUGGCGUUGGCGGCUCCGGCGGGACGCAGGAUGUGGUGGGCCUUGCCGCCGCGGCCGAUCCCCAGUUUGUGAGGCUGCGGGACAUGGCCCGAGAGAAGAUAUUCAAGUUUUUGCAAACGUUGCAAUUGCUGCCUCUCUGGCGGCCGCGCUUCCGGGCGCUUGCGAGGCGGCUCGAGGAAAUCUUGUUUAGAAAAUACCCAAACAAGAUGGAGUACUAUAACAUGACGAGGCGACCAAUGCCACCAGAAAUGAUGUUUGCUAUCAAGACCUACACGGCUCAGAACCGACAAUACCGACAAAAUCAACAAUCGUUAAGACAGAUAGCAUCUUCCCCUGGCUAUGGGGUGAUGAACCCGACAUCCAGUAUCAUGCAAGGCGCAAGCAAAAAUUCUAGAAUGUCUUAUGUGACCGGCAAUGUUGGCCCUUUGUCGUCUAAUGCAGACAUGAUUCUGCAGAAUGCCAACAUGGAUACCUCCCUGCCAGAAGGAGCUUCUCAUGGGCAUGUGAACAGAAUGCUUUCACUAGGGACAAACCCUACACGACAUGAUCUUUCUGGAUCGUCCAAUAACAACCUAUUAACACACAAUCUGGAUACACGUGAAUCCAACAGAUUCUCUGCACGCCCGGCGCCUAUGAAGGAUCUCCCAAGGGAACCAAAGUUUACCUGCCCAGUCUGCAUCAAUGAGCUGGUCGAUGCAUCAUCUACUAUCUGCGGCCACAUCUUCUGCAAGAAAUGCAUAGAGGCCUCCAUCCGAUUUCAGAAGAAGUGCCCUACCUGUCGUAGGAGGCUGACCAUGAGAAAUUUCCACCGCAUCUACCUCCCGGCUAUGGAUUGAGCUGAUCCAGCCAUUCUGGGCGUGGUGGAGUAUCAACACCCGACCCUUCCUCCUCAACGGCAUUUUUGUGAUUCUGUUUGAACUAUAUUUCAUGGGGUUAUCACUAGAAUCCAAUUUUUGCGCAACGAUUUAAUAAAUGCUCGACUCAUAAUAAACAAACAUUUAAUCUGCAUCCUUGGUGGUAAAGGAUACCGUUCUCGUGGGAAUUUGAAACAUGUGCCAUGGUA